AAUGAUGUAUUUCUGCUUAAUAAGAGGCUUUCCUGAAGCAAGCCUGUCAGGUUAUGUUAUGAUGGAUGAGCACGUUUGGCAGCACUGCGCACUUGGACUCCAUUAAACGUCAAAAGAAUGUGGCUCUGAACUCAAGCGUCUCUGGCCGGGACUCAAAUCCUGUGAGGAUCUCGACUCGCUCAACCUCUGUCUCAGAUCCUGCUGGCGCGUGGCCACGCAUGGGAUCCGCUAUUUAAACCGGACUCAGCUGACAACCCCGUUACAAGCCAGAGAGACUCGAAUAAAGGCGAGGAACGGGCGACGCGCUCCAGGGUGAAACAUCCCGAAAACCGUUUCGUUCGUUGUAAUGGAGCUGGCGCGCAACGCCUCCGCGCUUUCGCCGCAGCAGACCAACCGAAUCACCCUUCCCGGUGGAAGCGACAGUAACGCGUAUUUGUACAUCGUCAUCGUGGUGUCUUUCUACGGAGUCUUCCUCACUGGGAUCAUUCUCGGUUACCUGCGCACCAAACGGCGCGAGAAGAGGCGCACGAACGCCUUCACGCGGCUUCUGCACGAGGAGGAGCAGCGCGAGUGGGGCGCGAGCCAGAAGAAGCACAGCUUCAGCAUCCCCGCGUUUCCCGCCCUGCACUCCACGCCGGUGCCGUUCAUGCUGACCACGGGCCGCGCGCUGGACGGCGGCAGGGUUCUCGCGCCUCUGGCGUGCGCGCUGUGCUCGGUGGAGCAGAGCAGCGUGAGCUCCCUCUCCUCCGUCGCCGAUGUGCGCUUCACCAUUGAAGAGGAGUCGGACAGCGGCGGACACGAGGAUCCGUAGAAAACCGCCUCAGAGCACAACAGUGAGCUCACAGCCCGGGAAAACCUCAAAGAAGCGCUCUGAGGUUCCCGCUGCAAACCGUCACUAUGCCGUUUACUAUGGCAACCAUAGUUCCCGCCGAAAAGCAGUGAUUAGCCUACCACAGUUAAAGUAACUACAAAUAAAACUGUUUUAAGUUGGUACUAGCCACCGUUGCAAUAAAAAAAGAAAGUUUCUAAACGCUUCUUGUACUGUUUUAAGAAAAUCCUGUUAAUUUAUUCAGGUUUUACUGUUGUAAAUAACUGUAGUAACUUGGCGGGAACUGCGGUUCACGUGAUGGAAGUUCUGCCAUGAUGGAAAGUAUGAACUCAGAAACAGAUUUUUACGCAAGCACGUAUCUUGUGAUAUAAAUUGGAUUGGACAUGUCUUGGAACAGGCUACAAUGACGCAAUACAUUCAAAUUGUGUUACUAGAGGUGUAUUUCCUCGCGUACUUGUGUGGAGUAUGUUUCAGGCCUUAAACGCGAUGUAAACAUUGCGAUAAACCUGGAAGUCACUUGAAAAAUAACUUUUAAAAUUCCAUGUACUUUAAAGGCCUAUAUCGUCAUUCACACAGAUGUGUAAAUAAUUUGAAAAAAAUGUGUAUAUAUUGUUCUACAUGCAUGGAUAUGUCUAUUUAAAUAUUACCUUAUUUUAUGUGUAAACUAAAUAAAAUGUUCCUUCAGAAUGUGAA